CUAGUGCAUGACUUCGGCUGUGUUUCGGUGCAAUUGUUCGCCGAAAGUUCAUUUACGAGGAAGCUAACAAAUCAACAUGGCACAAAGCAAACUGAAUGAUUUGGCCGGAAAAUUCGGCAAAGGUGGUCCACCCGGACUUACGACGGGUCUGAAAGUACUGGCCGUGGUUGGUGCUGCAGUUUACGGUAUCAAAAACUCCAUGUACACGGUCGAAGGUGGCCAUCGUGCGAUCAUUUUCAACCGUAUCGGCGGAGUCGGCGAUGAUGUGUUUGCCGAGGGAUUGCACUUCCGAAUGCCGUGGUUCCAGUACCCGAUUAUCUACGACAUCCGCUCGCGGCCGCGCAAGAUUUCCUCCCCGACUGGGUCGAAGGAUUUGCAGAUGGUGAACAUUUCGCUGCGUGUACUGUCGCGACCGGACUCCCGUAAACUGCCCGUCAUGUACCGCCAGCUCGGUCAGGAUUAUGACGAAAAGGUGCUGCCCUCGAUCUGUAACGAGGUGCUGAAGAGUGUCGUGGCCAAGUUCAAUGCAUCGCAGCUGAUUACCCAGCGGCAGCAGGUUUCGUUGCUGAUUCGGCGCGAACUGGUGGAACGGGCCGCCGAUUUCAACAUUAUUCUCGACGACGUUUCGCUUACCGAGCUGAGCUUCGGCAAGGAGUACACGGCGGCCGUCGAAAGCAAGCAGGUGGCACAGCAAGAAGCACAACGGGCAGCGUUUUUGGUGGAACGCGCGAAACAGGAACGGCAACAGAAAAUUGUUCAGGCGGAGGGUGAAGCCGAGGCGGCCAAAAUGUUGGGUAUUGCCGUGGGGGAGAAUCCCGGUUACCUGAAGCUGCGGAAGAUCCGUGCCGCACAGAACAUUGCCAGAACGAUCGCAAACUCUCAGAACCGUGUCUACCUCUCCGCCAACAGUCUGAUGCUGAACAUCCAGGACGACACCUUCGACGAUAUGUCGAAGAAAGUUUCAAGGAAAUAAGCGCCUGAGUGAUGCGGGAAACUAAAAUACAAUCACCCAAAUCCGAUAGAACCGUGAACAAAGUCUACCAUCAUUAAAACGAGCGCUACCCUGUCGGGAACUGAGGGAAGCGAAUCGAACGUAGCCAAUCGUGUAACCCCUCGAAAAUCGGCGUGUGCAGCAGUGAUCUUUCUUCAUCCUUCCUCCGGCAGCGUGCAAAACCAGUGGCAAAGAUCGCCGGGAAAAUCGUCAAAUGAAUUAAGUGCAGCGAUUUUGUUCGACUUGAUCGAGAAUUGAUUGUGCGUGGCGCGGUGUCUUUUGUGCCAGGCUUUCGUUUCUUAUCGACGCUGCUGCUGACUAAAAUAGAAAAAGAAGUUUGUGUGCAACACAGAUUGAUUGUGGAGUGUCCCAGUGACCGGUUGGAACGUGACGUUGAAGUGACCUGCAAUCCCUGGGAAUCGUGCGUUCGAGAAAGGCGUCGGUUUGCAUUUUGUUUAGUGUCUAAUAGUAGUUAAGAUGCAUUUUGUGGGCGAAAUAAAAUAGAAUUCGAAAGGUCUGGUUCAUUUCGUACUACCGAUCACCCAAGGUGGUGGCGGUUUAAA